UUGGGAAACUAGAUACUAUAUAGAAUGAGAUACGAACACGUUUAAUCAGAGUUGUCCAGGAAGCGGUAUUCGUCACAUCGUAGUCUCCAUGCCUCCACUACAAUUUUUAAACAGGGAUUAAUUCACCCAAGCAUCACAGACUGGCUGUUGCACGGAUCUCCACCCUGCGUUCAUCUGCUGAGAGAGAUUUCAGUGAAUUGUCUUAUGUUGAGAGGAAACAUUUAUUGAGAUGUCAGUUCAUUGGCAAAACAUGCACCCUUUUUAGAUAACAUUUUGUAAUACUUUUUAGUCCAAACGUUGACAAGUUCCUGAAUGGAGAAUAAGGCCAUGUACCUGAGUACAUACGAAGAGAGGGAGAACGGAUCCUUCUAUGAGGAGGGCUACGAUGGCAGGAACCUAUCAAAGCUCAACCUGUGUGAAGACGCCGGCUCUGCCAAGAGGAGAAGAAAGUCAGACAAUUGCUGCAGCCACCUGAACUCUCUGUCUGCCAUCAAGUAUGCCAUCGUGUCUCUAUACAUCCUGGUACUUCUGUGUAUCCUUGGUCUCUGUUUAGCAGUGUCCAGGUCUCAGAUGUCCUCAGAGAAGCAGGAGGCACUGAUGGAGAACAUGACCCGUAUGGAGGACCGCUCUCGGGAGCUCCAGCAGUCCCUGGGCGACAUCUCCUCUCAGGCAAACCUCCUGGAGAAAAUCUGGAAGCUGGAGAACCUGUUCCAGAACCACAGCGAGUCCUUACAGCAGCUGGGCCGGGCAUUUCACGGCCUGGAGAGGGACAUCAGGGAUCUGCAGGGCCACUCCCAGUCGACAGACAGUGCAGUGGAGCAGCUGGGGAACCGUGUCUCUACCCUGAACCAAUCGUCCCAGAGGAACGUGAAUGGGUUGAGCAACCAGCUGGCCCAGGCCUCUGUCUCGCUGCACGACCACGACCUACUGCUGAAGAGCGCAGCUGUUCAGGUGGACCAGCUCAAGGAGAGGCUUGAGGAGGUGGGCUGGACGGUGGAUGCGGUCAACCACACAUUCACGAGUGACAUCAGCAUUCAUCACCUGAAGAUCCAGGACCUGCAGGUGCAGAUCAGCAACGUGAGCCAGGACACACGGUACAUGAGGGAGACACAGGUGCAAAUGGAGGAGACACUGAAGAACGAGGUGGAGAUCCUCAGCACCAUCACAGAGGACCUGAGGCUCAAGGACUGGGAGCACUCAAAUAUCCUCAAGAACAUCACCUUCCUAGAAGGGCCUCCAGGACCAAAGGGUGAGAAGGGUGAUGUUGGGCCAAUUGGGUCCCCUGGUGUUGCAGGCCUCACAGGGAUGAGAGGUUUAACAGGAGAAAAAGGCAUCCAGGGUCCAAGGGGACUAAAAGGCCCAAGCGGCCCCGACGGCCUACAGGGGGAGAAAGGGGAAAUGGGACCCAAAGGGCCCAAAGGGGACAAAGGAGACAGAGGACUGAAGGGCGAGAAGGGAGACCGUGGUGAAAAAACAGUGGAUGAGACACUGGUGAGGCUGGUGAAUGGAUCAGGCCCUCACGAGGGGAGAGUGGAGGUGUUCCACGAGAGACGCUGGGGGACGGUGUGUGAUGACGUCUGGGACAAGAAGGACGGCGACGUUGUCUGCAGGAUGCUUGGCUACAAAGGAGCCUUUGAGAUCCAUAAAACAGGCCGGUUUGGACAAGGUACUGGGCUCAUCUGGAUGGAUGACGUGGCCUGCGUUGGGAACGAGGACACCAUUCACCAGUGCAAGUUCUCAGGCUGGGGUAAGACAAACUGUGGGCACGUGGAGGAUGCGGGGGUGACAUGCAACACCUAACACCCACCAUUUGAACCCCCACCGAGUUCAGUUACAAACUGCUGAGAUUAGUUGCAGUUGACAGGCAGCGUGACGUAGAGCAGAGGAGCUGUGUCCUGCUGUCCUACACCCACCCACCGCUGUGGGCAACUGAGUUGACAGUUAUGUGCAAACAUGCUUUGAUUUCAGACCCCUUGGGGCCUCUUGGAUGGCUAUUGUUCAUGUAAAGUAGGUUUAUCAAUAGCAGAUACUUCUUAGCUGAACUAGAUUCAGUGCCGAAAAUGGACCAACUUAAAAAAUGGUCAGUCACAAAUGUUUGUCAAAUUUUUUGAUAGAUAAAGUGAUUACAAAGAAAAGAAAGGGGAAGAGAUGACAUUUUAAAUGGAUGUAUGACUUGGCCCUAGUACGAUUUAUUGGUUUGUGUCUGACAAUUUUACUAUUUCUACCUGUAGAGCCAAGCAUUGUUUUUUAUCAUCAUGAAUGAGUCUUUGUCUCUCUCUCUCUCUCUCUCUCUCUCUCUCUCUCUCUCUCUCUGUCUCUCUCUGUCUCUCUCUGUCUCUCUCUGUCUCUCUCUCUCUGUCUCUCUCUCUCUCUCUGUCUCUCUCUCUCUCUCUCUCUCUCUCUCUCUCUCUCUCUCUCUCGUUUUUGCUUCUCCUGUCAACAGUUUUUUUUGUUAGAGCGCAUCCAAAAAUGUCACCCUCUUCAUCGAUAAUUGCAUGGGCGGUUUGAGGAUUGAUGCUUGGUUUAUGUAUGGAAACCAUGACUCUAACGACGAGUAAGACAAAUUACAGCCUAAGAGGGCAAGUUACAGUUCGGGGAAAAUAAAGUGAAAUGGUAAAACAUGCAGGUUUCUCACAGGAAAUUAAACAGGGAAAUAUGUAUUAUUGUGUGAAAUAAACAAAACCAACCCCUGAUGUAAGAUACUUUCACAUGUAAAUCACGUGUUGACAUGAUAUGAUGGCUGUAAGAAAAAUAUUUCUGUAGAUGAUCCCUUGCCAAAUAUUGAUUUGGGAUAAACAAUGAAAUGUGCUGAGGUCCUGAGGACUAGGUUUGAUCCACUCUCAGACUCAUGAAUCUGGACUAUCUCAGUAUUUCAUAUGGAGCAGUGGAGCAGCUCCCCUCAGAAAUGGUCCUCACUUUUAUCAACUUAGGUUCAAGCGGAGACAAGUGCUAUAGAGGUGUUGCAAUGCACUCGUUUUCUCAGCCAACAGCCAAGGAGAAUACCUUACAAUCUCUAUAUAUUUUCACUCAGACUGAUCAUGCUUCCCUCUUGGGAAAGGUCCUACAACAGAAAAGAAAGGAGAAAAAAUGUUUUCUACCUAAAAUAUUUUCAUACAAAACAUUUAUUCUGUUUUUUUAGAAAUAGAUAUUCCAACAGUACGUGAUCAUCUCUAUUAUAAUCCUGUCUCAAAUAUUCGACCAGGGUGCAGUUAGUCUGUGAACAUAACAGAGGUUAUUCUUGCAUGGAUUUUCAACUGUGCUGGAAAUGAAUCACUGUCAUGCAAUGCUUUUUCACAUACAUUUAAGGGAGCAGACUGCACACAUUUGCUUUGUAUAAUAGGGACCACAAACCCAGGUUCCCACUUCAGGAGCAUACUAUCAAAUGCCAGGAUGGUAUGAUUGCUAUGUGAUGUCGAGAUUGGUUGAUUUGUUAUACUAUGGUUAUACUUGGUUAUACUGUGGCCCCAAUCCCCACUUUUAUUGGACAUCGGGACUGCUGAGGAAUGUAAAUAUCUGCUUAUCGAUUGUGCUGGUCAUAACACCCAGACAACAAUACCUGAAGUAGUAUGAAAUAGAUAAAUAAAUACAGUGAAUAUGUGACAAGAAUAUUUCAUAUGUCCAUUAGACAAUACUUUUUACUAGAUUUUUCAGAUUUUUUAAUUGUUCAUGUACCAUGGAAAUAAUAAAAAAAACAUUUGUUUAUA